AUACAUGCUAAUUAAGAAAAGUAAAGGAAGGAGUUGGGGGUUUAGAAGAAGACGUGGUUGGGUUGUUUCGUUUCCAUCCACUCUUUCUUUCUUGUUUGUUUCUUCUCCAGCCCCUUCGCCAGACCAACAAGGAGGUACAAGAUUUGAAUUUUCUUGGGUCUUCAGAGAAGAAGCAGAAGACAUUUAAAAGGAGGAGGGAGACAAUGGAGGAAACAAUGGCGGCUAGGUACUGGUGUCACAUGUGUUCACAGAUGGUGAACCCAACAAUGGAAUCCGAGAUCAAAUGCCCCUUUUGCCAAAGCGGAUUCAUCGAAGAAAUGAGCGGUAACGGUAACGGAGGAGGAGGCUUAAGAGACGUUCAAGACCCAGAAACAGAGUUUGGAACAACAGACCGUGCGAUGACUCUAUGGGCACCAAUCUUGCUUGGAAUGAUGAGCAGUCCUCGGAGACGAAGAAGGUUCAGAAGAGCAGAGUUUGGCGAAGAAGAAGAAGACAACGAAGACGAAUCUCAUCAUCAUCAUCAUCAUAGAGCUAGGCGACACGGUGGAGAGAUUGAUUUGGACAGAGAGUUUGAAUCUCUGUUAAGGAGAAGAAGAAGAAGCUCAGGGAAUAUACUUCAGCUCCUUCAAGGGAUACGUGCAGGGAUUGCUUCCGAGUACGAAAGCUCUGAUAAUAACGAGAGAGUCAUCAUGAUCAAUCCUUAUAACCAGUCCCUCGUUGUUAGAGAUCAAACGCAGACUCAUUCUGCGUUGACUUCGCUUGGAGACUACUUCAUCGGACCUGGUUUGGAUCUUUUGCUUCAGCAUUUGGCUGAGAACGAUCCCAACAGGCAAGGGACUCCGCCUGCUCGCAAAGAAGCCGUUGAAGCUUUGCCGACGGUUAAAGUGACGGAGCCGUUGCUGCAGUGUUCGGUUUGUUUGGAUGAGUUUGAGAGAGGCGUGGAGGCUAAGGAGAUGCCGUGUAAGCAUAAGUUUCAUGUUAAGUGUAUUGUUCCGUGGCUUGAGAUUCAUAGCUCGUGUCCUGUUUGUCGGUUUGAGCUUCCUGCUGGGAAUGAUGAUGGUGAUGAUGAGAGUAAGGUUGUGUCUGAGAGAGGAGGAGCGAGAACGAGAGCUGUUCCUGAGAGUAGUGACAGAGAGGAGGUUGUUGAGAAUGUGGAGAGAGGAAGAGAGGAUGAUGUGAGGAGUGGGAAUGGGAGGAGGUUUUCGAUUCCAUGGCCGUUCAGUGGUUUCUUCUCUUCUUCUUCUUCGUCGUCUUCUUCAUCCUCUGGACCAUCGCAGUCUGGUGAGAACAAUGUGUACUCAAGAUCUUAUGGUUCUUCUCGCUGAUAAAGGACCAAAUGCCAAAACAUCCAGAAACUAAGAACGUUGGUUCUGUUCUUGUUGUCUUGUCUUGUAUUUUCUCAUUUGUAGCUGGUCAUUUUGUUUCUCUAUUUCAUUUCGCUGCUUUUAUGUACAUAACGAUGAUGUUCUUUUACUCAAGACUGUUGAAAAUAUUCCAUGGAGGUAUUAUAAUA